AUGCUCGCCACUAGGUCCUGCGACCCUGAGCAUAGCCACUGGUCCUUUGGCAAAUACUUUCCGGCUCCUGGAAAAGCUUCAACGAGUCCACGCAUGUCAGACCAGUACGAUUCUUCCCUUCCGACACAGCCAGACUGGCAGGGCCAGUAUCCAUAUCUUCCGCAGCCAGCUGGAUCUGCCUAUCCUCAAUCUUCCGAACCGAAUCAUGCCAACUCAGGAGUAGCUCAACCACAGCCUGUGGUAGAGAGCGAAAACCUUCAUUCUGCACCUUCGAGCCACAUCAACUCAGCUUCAGCGAUGGCGAAAAGUUUGAGCAGCCCCUCUGAGAGGUUUGGAUCAGAUGAUCAACGUGCGGUGGUAUGCAAGGAGGAUCCAGAUGAUCCUUUGCUUGACGAGGAUAUGGCCGAAGACGAGGCAGAUUCACUACUUCAAACUACGGCAGAACGAGUGGCAGCUCGCAGAAAGAUGAAGCGCUUCAGGCUUACGCACCAGCAAACGCGAUUCUUGACGAGCGAAUUUGCAAAGCAACCCCACCCCGAUGCUGCCCAUCGGGAAAGGCUAUCUAGGGAGAUACCUGGAUUAAGCCCUCGACAAGUCCAAGUGUGGUUUCAAAACAGGCGGGCGAAGAUUAAGAGGCUCAACGCCGAUGACCGUGAUCGAAUGAUCAAGAUGAGAGCAGUUCCGGAUGAUUUUGAUAAUGUACAAGCUUUACAUUCUCCUUACGGGGCAGUCCAUAUGCCGAUGCCGCUGGCUGCUCCCGUAGAUUUUGGACACCACCCCCCAUAUCCAAGCAAUUCGAUGAGAGCACCCCCCCUAAUGGUUGAUGUUCGACGUCAAGAGGGACCAAGUCAUAUGUCGCCUACAGGGCUGACACCAUCGUUUGGCAAUAUCGGCUUUUAUGCUUCAAGCGCAGUAAAUUCAUCCGGAGUCAUGUCGCCGAUAUCACCACACUCAAGCGAGCGUUAU